CUGUAAAGCAACUUUUGCCCACCCCUGUACAUCCCCUACUCCCACCCCCGGGAUUCUGGUGGCACAGGUUCUUUAGGGGGAGGGGCAAAAUGCCUUCUGAAAGCCAGGCUUCCAGCCCUGAGGGCUCCUCACGAUGAGAACUGCAUUUCCCACAAGUCUCUGCGGCAAAGCGCCUGAGGGCCUUUGUAGAGUUGCAUGCUGGGGAAAUGGGACGCGUCCAUCUCCGCGGGUUCCCGGAUUCUGGACUACAUUUCCCAGAGGCCUCUGAGGCAGGGUCAUCAGGAGCGCUCCGAGUUGCAUGCUGGGAGACGCGCUUCCUGCGCACUGGGACUUUUGGUCUUCGGCUUCCCAGGACACCAGCCAGAGUUAACUUCCACCCUUGCGCCCCCUCCCGACGCCCUGUUGGUCGUUGGGCCCCAAGUGGCCGGCCAUCCUCCAGAAAAGGUAUCCCCAGGAGGAGAAGAAUCAUUACACAUCUUAAAAUCAAGGGAUUUAUACAGGCCUGCUGCAAAAGAACUCAAUUUCCUAAGGAGCUCAUAAAGAAGAAACUUGAAAUUACUUACCCACGACGGUGCCGUCCACAGAGAAUGACUAUUGAUAUUACGCUCUGACUGCUCUGGACUCCGCGUCUCCAGGAAAGGAAAGCCUCGGACGACUCAUCAGUUUUUUAUUCUAAAACAUGGCCCACGGCCUGGUGACGUUCUCAGAUGUGGCCAUUGACUUCUCUCAGGAGGAGUGGGCCUGCCUGGACUCGACGCAGAGGGACCUGUACUGGGACGUGAUGCUGGAGAACUACAGUAACUUGGUCUCACUGGACUUGGAGUCGCCAUAUGAGACCAAGAAUUUGCCCACAGAGAAGGGUCUUUAUGACAUACGCUUUUCUAAAUGGAGCUCCAAUGGCAGAAGUAAGUCCCUUGGCCUUGACUGGAUGUGUGAAGGUCAGUUGGAAGGAACGCACGGCCCUCCAGAGGGAUAUUUCAACCAAGUGAAAAUCAACUAUGUGAAAAUGCCCGCUGACAGAGAACAUACACCUGCGAGACCCCAUCAGAAGCUUCAUAACAGGGAGAAUUCCUAUGAGUGUAAGGAAUGUGGGAAGGCCUUUAGUCGUGGCUACCAGCUCACUCAACAUCAGAAAAUCCACACUGGUGAGAAACCCUACGAGUGUAAAGAAUGUAAAAAGGCCUUUCGGUGGGGCAAUCAACUUACUCAGCAUCAGAAAAUUCACACUGGUGAGAAACCUUAUGAGUGUAAGGACUGUGGGAAGGCCUUUCGGUGGGGUUCGAGCCUCGUUAUUCAUAAGAGAAUCCAUACGGGUGAGAAGCCCUAUGAGUGUAAAGACUGUGGGAAGGCCUUUCGCCGUGGUGACGAGCUCACUCAACAUCAGAGGUUUCACACUGGCGAGAAAGACUAUGAAUGUAAAGACUGUGGGAAGACCUUUAGCCGUGUGUAUAAACUAAUUCAGCACAAGAGAAUUCACAGUGGCGAUAAGCCCUAUGAAUGUAAAGACUGUGGGAAGGCCUUUAUUUGUGGCUCAAGCCUCGCUCAACAUAAACGAAUUCACACGGGGGAGAAGCCCUAUGAAUGUCAAGAAUGUGGGAAGGCCUUUACGCGCGUCAAUUACCUCACGCAGCAUCAGAAAAUUCACACUGGUGAGAAGCCCCAUGAAUGUAAGGAGUGUGGGAAGGCCUUUCGCUGGGGUUCCAGCCUGGUUAAACACGAAAGGAUCCAUACUGGUGAGAAGCCAUACAAAUGCACAGAAUGUGGGAAGGCCUUUAAUUGUGGCUAUCACCUUACUCAGCAUGAGAGAAUUCACACUGGUGAGACACCUUAUAAAUGUAAGGAAUGUGGAAAGGCCUUUAUUUACGGGUCAAGCCUUGUGAAACACGAGAGAAUUCAUACAGGGGAGAAACCCUAUGAGUGUAAAGAAUGUGGUAAAGCCUUUAGUCACGGCCAUCAGCUUACACAGCAUCAGAAAAUCCAUGCCAGUGAGAAACCCCGGGAGUGUAAGGACUGUGGGAACGCAUGCAGCCAUGUAAACCAGAGAAUUCACAGUGCUGACACACCUUUUCAAUACAAAGAACAUUCGGAGGCCUCCAAACAGCAUUCAUUUCUUCUACAGCAUAAGGAAAAUUUGUGAGAUGAUUUAACGUAAGAAAGUCUUCAUUGGUCACUCUUACAAAAUAUCAGGAUAGUCAUGCUAGAAGCAAAUGUGGAGACUGGAGAAAUCAUUUUCCUCUAUGAUUACAACAUACUCAGCAUAGACAGUUUUUUCACUGGAUGGGUUAGUUUAAUGGAUGCAUCAAAGGUUUCCAGUACCUUUCGGUCUCACUUCAGAUUCAUCCUGGGGAAUAGUGGCUAGUAUAACCUAAGUGCGAAGCCUUUCAUCAUGGUACAUACCCUACCGGUCAUCAUCAUCAUCCCACCUCUGACUCCCUGUGAAACACUGGGCAAGUUAGCUUUUACCUCUGUGCAUUAUUUGUGAAAUGGGGUAAUCACACUACCUAGUACUGCUGUCGUGACUAAAUGAGUCUGGUACAUGUAGACUCCUGGACUAUUGUGUAAGCUCAAUAAACAGUGUCUGUUGUU